UAUAGCCAAGAGUUGGCUACUGACAUCAUUCUGCACUCACUUCAUAAGGGGUUCAAUACGUUUCGAUUGAAUUUCAAUAUGAACGGGGUGUCGAAAACCCUUGCUGAGUUGCAUGGGAUGCUCAUGACUGCCGAGCAAAACAUCACUAUUGCACCUAAGAAGGAAGUUCUUAUGGUUCAAAAGGAAAAGGGUUUUAAGAAGGAAUGGGCUGGCAAGAAAAAGCAAGAUAAGGGCAAGCAAGUUGCCACUAAGACUGCUAUUAAGCCACAGGCAAAGGCAAAGCCAAAGGUGGCCGCAAAUGCCAAGUGCUUCUAUUGUGAUCAAAUAGGUCAUUGGAAGCGUAACUGCCCAAAGUACUUGAAGGAUAAGAAGUCUGGGGCUUCUUCUUCAGGGACUAAGAAGGAGUAGAACCUUGGCUAAAGGAGAGGUGGAACUGCGAGUUGGAAAUGGUGCAAGAGUUGCCGCCGUUGCAGUUGGGACUUAUAGUCUACCUUUGCCUUCUGGAUUAAUAUUAGAGCUUAAUAAUUGUUAUUACGUUCCUGCUAUU